AUGGUAGUGGAAAGCCUGGGGAGAAUUUCGCCGAGAAAUUUCGGUUUUGAAGCCAAAAUCGUGACACGCCAGAUGCUGGAGCUGCUUCUCCGGGCUGGCUCAAACAUCAACGCGCAGAACAUCGUGGGGGAUGCGCCGUUGCACAAAGCCGCUCUGAACGGUAGGGCCCUAUCGGCGGACUAUCUCAUCCGCGCGGGGGCCAACGUUAACAUCAGGAACGAGUUCGCUCAGACUCCGCUGCACGCCGCGUGCGUUAGCGGGAACAUCGACGUGGUGCAGAGGCUGGUGCAAGGCGGGGCAGACACCGGUGCCCAGGACGCGGCUGAGGACACUCCGUUUCACGAGGCGUGUCGCCACCAGUACGAGGGCAUCGUGGUCUACUUGAUGGGGCUGGUGAACAACCCGGAGACAAGUCAGGGGCUCAAGCUCUGGGAAGGGUUGGAUCCCUCCUGGGAGAAAAUGCUCCGGUCUCGUGCGCAGGCCCGCGUUGAGGACGGCACGGAAGAAGACGUAGGCAAGCCGCAGGAGAUGAGCACGGCGGCUGCGGCGGCCGGCCUCAGCUCCGUCCGGCUGGGCGUAACCACGCCUUCGACGACCCGCAACUCCCUCAGGUCUUCCGAGUCGGCGAUGGGUCUUGGCGUGUCCAACCGUACGCCGGCCAGGCGGGACGUGUUUUCAACCUCCGGCAGCAGGGAUCGAGGCGGCGGCGGGGGGGAUACCGCGGCGCCUACCCGGGAAAGGAAGAUGAUGAUGCCUCCUCGCGGAGAGACGGCAAGCACUAAGGGGUCUACCAAGGAGAGGAAGAUAAUGUCGGCGCCAAGCGCGGCGCAGGUUCAGCCUGGCGUGCAUCAUCAGCGGACAACGGCGCGAAAUCGCGGCUCAGAUAGCGCUGCGCCGGCAGCAGGCACCGCGAUGAGUUCGUCGGAUGGCGCCCGUGUCGACGGCACUCGUAGUGGGAGCCGGCCGAGUUCUGCCACGAGACGGAGACGUCGGAGCAGGGAGGGCGAUGCUCCCCCCGGGGAGACAUCGCCCCGCGUGUUUUCGAAUGGUGCCGCUGACGUACUCGCCUGGCAGGCGACCAAGGUCAAAAGCGCCAAGCAGGGGAGAUUGAUCGAGAAGGCUAGGGAGGCGCUUCGCGAGACGGAACACGAGGCGGAAAUGGCCAGGUCAAGGUCCAUGACCUCCCUAGGCGACGACGAGGGGUCGAUCGACACCUGCAAUACCGCCGAUUCCCCUACGACUGUCGGCAGCCGUAGCAGCCGCCGGGGAGAACGACGCCAGCGCAGAGCGAUCAGCCCGGCGGCUAAGCCGGCCGAGACGCUGGAGGUGUCUGACCUGGACGCUGAUGGCAAUCCUCAGUCGAGAAGGGUUAACGCUAACGCUAGCGCUGCGGCCGAUCUGUCUGACGCGGAGUCCCAGCCAAGCCGCGGGUCGAGAAGGGUGAAGCCUGUCGCGACCAACGGGACGGGGGGCGCGGCGGCGGGGGCGGCGGCGGCAGCAGAAGCUGCUGCGGAUGACGCGAGGGGACGGGCGGUGUCCCCCGUCAUGCCGACGCCCCCGCGUGCAGAAGGCAGGGACGACGUUAACGGACACGCGCCACCGCGUGAAAGCGGCCGCCGCCAGUCGGCCCGCCUGGCUAAGGGCCAAGUCGUGAGCGUCCGAUCCCCGGUGGCUAGGGUAUCCCGCCGGCCCUCCGGAUUCUCCAAGGCGGACGACGUGGACGGCAGGGGCCGAAGAUCAUCGCGGCGCGGCAGCAGCUCCCGGUCUGCUGCUGCUGCUACGUCGUCGUCGGCGGCUGGCUCGGGCGAGGGUGGUGGGGACGCCGGGGGUCCCCGGAGGUCUAGCGGCGGCUCGUGCUCGUCGAGGGGCCCCGGCGACCACGGACAAAGCCCCAACAAGCACGGAGGGGGAGAGUCUCGGAGCGCGACGGCGGCGGCGGCCCGGCCACGGCGCUCCAAGAAGGAGGGGGUACGCGCCGAGAACGGUGAGGGAGGGGGCGGGCGGUCGCCGUCCGCGCGGCGCGAGAGGCACCGCAAGAGGGGCGAAGACGCCACGGGGGUGGGUGGGCGUUCUUCUCCCAGUGGCGGCGGCGGCGGCGGCAGCAGCAGGAGAAAGUCCCGAUCGUCACGAGGAGAAGGCGGGGAGUCUUCGAGCAGGAAGAGCGUCGGCGGCAGCGGCAGCAGCAGCAGGAGGCGCGACACGAAGGCGACGACGUCGUCCUCGUCAUCUCGUCGCAGUCAACGGGAGGGCUCAGACGGGCACGCUACGACCGCCGCGCCCACCACGCAGGCGCCGGCGCCGGCGCCGGCGAGCAGUAGCCCGGCGCACUCUCGGGCGACUGCUGGUGCUUUUCCUGCCACGAGCGUUCCGAAGGCAUCUCACGAGUCUCGCAGUCACUCGGGGAACAGGGCGUCGUCGUCGAGAGCGAAGGAGGGAACAGGAACGUCAUCGAGGACGAAGGAAGGCAGGGAGAGGAGAACGCCUGCCGCCUCGAGCCCGGGGGGAAGGUUGUAUGCAACAGCGCCCAGGCAGCGCCAGAGUAGCCCGGACCUGUGCCCGCCCACCUGGGCGUCCAACGUUCCGUCGUCGACUCUGGAAGACGCGUCGCGCAAGCGGGUGGUCGCUUCUGAUUUUCCAGCCAGGCGAGUCGUCAGCCCUUACAACUCCAGGAAGCGGGAGCCUCCAGCUGGUGGCCGCCGCACCCGCUCAAGCGCCUCCCCGACGCGCUCCUCGUCUCCCCGACGCCGUUCUGCUCUCCCGCCACCCGCUUCGCGCCCGGUCGAGAAGGAGAUCGACCCCCAGGGAGAGGGUGCCGAGCGUGAAGUCGUUGUCAACGGCAGCUCUCACGCGAGCUCCUUCCCCACUGAGACGGCGGGUGACGACGAAAGUCUCCCGGAAGCAGCGACGGCGGCUGCCGAGGCGAAACCCGCCGGUACCUUCAACAGCAGUGCUGUCCCGGGAGCGGCAUCGGCGAGGAGUACUUGGGAGGCGAAGCCCACCGCCGCCGCAAAUGGUGUGGCGACUGCGGCGGCUGUUGGAGAUGGCGUUGUGCAGGCAUCGCCCGCUAGGAGCUCAGCUGCAGGCGCAGAGUCUGAAGGUCCUCCUCUGAUUGACGCGCUGUUGAUGGAGAAGAAGAAGGCGACGGACGGCGACAGCACUGCUGCGCGAGCGGAGAAGGAAGAGGGACUGCGCGAGGAACGGGAGGAUCGCGCGGCGUGCACGGCUUCGACGAAAAGCAACCCUAGGCGGUCCUUCACAGCGAUCGAAACAUCCAAGUCCAUUGUGUUCUCGGACUCGGACUCGGACUCGGAGGUUGACAACGACGGCUCCAAGAGGGGGUCGAACGGAAGCCCGAACGAAAGCCCGACCUCUGGUGGGGACGUGCGGCCCAUGGCCGCGUUGUCGGCUGUGUCGACGGUGUUUGCGCGACAGCGCAGCGACGACAAGAAAGGGGAAACUGUGGUGCUCGGCAACAAACAAGCCGACAGCAGCGUCAGCAGCGCUGUUUCCGCCGAGGUGUUGGAUUCUGACAGCAAGGCUGACGAUCCCGCCGCCUCCGUGUCGCGAUCGGAGGAGGAGGAGGCAGGGUCUGGCGAUGAAGGAGGUACUGCGACAACAGCGUCGAAGGAAGACAGGCAGGGCUUGCCAUCCUAUCAGGACGCUUUGGCGGCGGGGGCGGCUGCGGCGGCGGCGGUCCAUCGCCCGGCUGGGCCUGACAUGGGCCCAGAAGCUGUCUACGACGGAGCAGCGGCGCCGGCGGAGGGAGAAGGGCGAGGUACGGUUGAGCCUAGCCCUGCACCGCAAAAUUAUUUGAGACCCCUUCCUUCAUCGACCUUACCGAGCACGAUGGCGGUUUUGGCGGGCGGCAGCGGCGGCGGCGGCGGCGGCGGCGGGAGGCCACGGUCCUCGGCGCUGGGAAGGCCAGGCAUGCCGUCCGCGAAGGGAGAGUCGGAGGAAUCGGCUGCCGCGGCGGACGGCGACGGCGAGCGAGAGGAGAAGGAAGGCGUCGAAGCUUCUUCCGGGGAAGGAGACGCAGGAGUGGGAGCCAGCGGCUCCAAGGCGGGCAACGCCGUCGCUGCUGCUUCCGGGAACCACGCGGCAACGCUAGCCGCCAAGGGUCCCCGGGGGUUCACCAAUCCCGCCCAGAGCCAGGAGGGGCCUAACAAGGGACCCGCCGGGGCGUUUUCAGGGAACUCCAUGUGGCGUUUGGCCGGGGGGACGGCAGCGGGAGCCGGUCGCGCACGGUCCGGGGUCGCCGCCAACGGUCACGGAGGCUACUCCAACCCUCUUGCGGCGAUGCGAGCGGCAGGAAGCGGCGGCGGCGCGGAGACGAGCUCUGGGGGGGGGGGAGCGGGGGGCGGGGUGGCAAACCCUCUGGCGGGGCUGCGGGGAGCGGCGAGCAUGGGCGGCGCCGGAGUCUCGAACCCGUUGGCGCGAGGGAGGGGGGUGAGAGCCGGCGGCAGUAUAGCUGGCGGGAUGGCGAACCCUAUGCUCCGCAGCGGCGGCGGCGAUAUGGGCGGCCUCGCGAGAGGAAUCGGUGGGGGGGUUCCGUCGUUUUCUUCUUCCGUUGGGACCACCGGCCGUACGGCACCGCCGCCGCCGCCACCCCGCGAUGACGAGGGGUCGUUAUCGCCCGGGCCGGCCACAAUGCCGCCGCUUUCGUCUUCUCCCACGGAGAUGGGCAGGGCCCCCGCUAUACCCGCCGCGAUGUCCUGGGGUCCUUCUCCGUCCUCCGCGGACACGACCGCAGCUGCUGCUGGAGACGAUGGUGAUGCUACAGAGGCGGCGGCGUCCACAGGCGGCGGCGGCGGCGAGGGAAACGCGGCGAUGAGACGAGGUGGGGGGUCAGAGCGGCCGCCUACCGAGUUCAGAGCGAUCGGCAGCAACGGGUCGUGGCCUACGGAUGGCGCUUUGGUUCCCCCGAGAAGGCGGGCGGCGUCCAGGGGGGCGCAGCCGCACAGCAUGACCGAACGAGACCCGGGCCAGGAGAAGGUUGGCGGCCUUGUGAAGGCCUUGCAACAACCCGACGCGUCGGGGUUGCGGCUAUUGCUUCACAACAGGCACAACCCCGACCUAUCGGCCUCGGGCUCGAGUCUGUCCAACCUCGGGGAGAAGGGGCUUGUGAAACUGCGCCGCGCAAAGUACUCCCCGCGACCCGCAGCCCCCGGCCUGCUGGACCCGAAGGAAACGGAAGUCGACGCCGACGCGUGA